GAUACGGUCUUAUUGACAAACGCGGUACAGGUAAAUAUUAACUAGAUUUAAUUAACGUCGUUUGUGUUUAAAUUUAAGUACCUAAUUAUCAAUAAAAAUUUUAAUAUUCACUCUAUGAGUCAACAGUGUUAUUUUAAUAUCCUUUACAACAAAUAGCUUUAAGUCUCUUAAAAUUUAGAUACAAAAUGUCCUACCAGUUGUAUAGAAAUACCACUUUAGGUAAUACUUUACAAGAAAGUAUUGAUGAAAUGAUUCAGUAUGGCCAAAUUACGCCUGCUCUUGGAAUGAAAAUCCUCUUACAAUUUGACAAGUCAGUAAACAACUCUUUAGCUACUCGAGUAAAAUCUAAAAUAACAUUUAAGGCUGGAAAAAUGGACACAUAUCGUUUUUGUGACAAUGUAUGGACUUUUAUGUUGAGUGAUGUUGAAUUUAAAGAAACACAAGAAAUGACAAAAGUAGAGAAACUUAAAAUUGUUGCAUGUGAUGGAAAAAGUGUGAAUGAUGAUACCUCAAAAAAAAAUUAAAAGAUUUAACUUUUAGAGAUAUUUCUAUUAAAAUAACUUUAAUUAAUUUUCAUCUUAUUUUUUCUAUUGUGUGCAAUUGUAUAGUACUUAAAUUGCAUUGCUUUAUAUAACAGUACAUUUAAUAUAGCUGUAACGAUAUGAUAAUAAUGAUAAUACUGUGAAUAUAAUUUAUGUAAUAUUA